AUGGGGAGGCCAAACGCAUGGACACUGAUACAGAUUGGUCGAGUGAUGACGCCCCUGACCAUUUGUCAGUGUUUUGUGUUUUGGUGGUUGGUGAUGGAUGCAAGAAAUACCCAGUAUUACGCACCCAUCUGUGGUCCUUCAAGUGAUCGUACGAUGAACGCAUUGGACGACAAAAUGGUGGAUGUCGGCAUUGGCUCUUCAUCUGCAUCGUCCAAACCGGACAUGAUGAAAUUAAAAAAUGCAAUUCACCGCUCUCUGCAGAAAGGCGGGUUUGGGGCACAGUUCGUGCUCAAAGAAGAGAAAGCCAGCUCUGCCCAAUGUUGGCUGAGAUUUGCCCAUGUCUGUCACACGGACGGAACGCCUGUGAAGGAGUUUGACUCAGGUUAUGUGGCUUGUACGAAGUGUCACGUGGUUUACACAUACGAAAUGCGUCAUGGUACAAGCUCACUGAACGGCCACAGAUGUCGGCUAGUGGCAGCCAAUGCCGGCGCAAUGCGUCUAUUUGCGACAACGGUCCAACCGACCACGUCACAAAAGAGACAAGUUGCAAGGGCAGCUAUGAUGAUGUGUUGUGAGGAUCUGAGACCAUUUUCGAUCGUAGAGGACGCAGGGUUCCGUUGCUACUCGCAAGUUCUUCUUGACAUCGGGAUCAGUGUCGGUAGGGGCAUGAAGGUAGAUGAUUUGAUUCCCUCACGCUUCACAGUCAAGCAUCAGGUGAUAGGCAAUGCAGAAUCACUCCAUGAUGUUGUCAAAGCAAAGUUUAAAGAACACUUUGCCGAAAAAAUGCAUGCAGGGUUCACAGUUGACCUGUGGACCGACUCGAUUAAGAGAACAUCUUUCAUGUCCAUCACGAGCCACUAUAUCGACAACGCUUUCAAACAGCACGUACGAACACUUCAAGUGCCGCCAUUGCACGAUGAAUCACAUAUCGCUGUCCGUGUCCUAAAAGCGUUUAAGGAGUGUAUUCAGGAAUUCGGGUGUGAUGAAAAUGAAAGGUGUGUAGUGUGUUCGGAUAGUGGAUUGAACAUGUGCGGUGGUGAGGGUAUUCAGACUAAUUUGAAAUGGUUGUCGUGCAGCGAUCACAAGAUUGCGACGGUGUUGACCACUGUCCUCAACAAGACCACAACCACGACAAACGGAAUCAAGUCAGCACCAUUUUACAAAUUCGAGGACGCCGGACCAGAGGUAUUUGAGCUCAUUGAUAAUUGCAAGGAACUCGUUCGACACGUCAAGCAGUCGAACCUGCAAAGGGCGUUGAAAAAUACGCUCAAGCAGGAGAACGCGACAAGAUGGAAUUCGUUAUUGCGUAUGCUCAAGAGUGUCAGUAGAAGUUAUGAGGAAGUUUCGAAUCUCUUGUUGAACAAAGGUGGGACGAGAGCUGUUUUGAUUGCAUAAAUCAACAGGGAGUUAUUAGAGGAACUAAUACAUUUCCUUGAUCAUUUUGAAGAGGCAACUUUAAAACUUGAGAG